CUGAAUAAAAAUAGUAGGAGACUCCAUCAUACAAAUGACUCCACCCACUCCCACUUUACUGACCUUUCUUGUGAAGAUUUGGCAAUCCCUACAAGCCACAGUCGUCUCACUCUCAACGUUCUGUGAUGAGGACUUCGCGGAAGAAGAAGAAGAAGGCCAAACAAAAUGAUCGAAUUAGUGACUUACCAAGUCAUGUCAUUGAUGAUAUCCUAGCAAACUUGAAAAUCCGAGACCUAGUUAGGACUAGUAUUUUGUCUAAAAAGUGGAGGUAUAUGUGGACUUCAGCCCCACAUCUUUGUUUUGAUUAUGACUUUUUUGAAAGGUUUCUGCAUCUUGAUGACCCUGACCCGGUAGUUUGUAAAAUCAUCAUGGAUGUUCUUAUGCUCCGCAAUGGGCCAAUAUGCAAGUUUUCUAUUGACGUAUCUUUAUACUGUGGCUUCUCAAUGGAAAAUAUCAAUAUGUGGAUCCCCUUUAUGUCAGAGCAUAUUAAACAUCUCGAGCUUGAGACCUACUGUAUUCCUGAAGAUGAUGAAAAUAAAAAAAUGCCGGAUAUUCUCUUCUCUUGUAAGGAAUUGACUUUCCUUAAAUUUAGUUCAUUUGACUUGUCAGUUCCACCUAAUUUCUACGCCUUUAAAAAAUUGCUUGAACUUCACUUAGUUAUGGUUACAUUCGAGCCCAGUGCACUUGAGAGUCUUAUGUCUGGUUGUCCAUUUCUUGAAAAGCUCGGCCUUGAAGAAUGUACUUGUUCUGAUUAUCUUGUUAUAUCUUCUCCUUCUCUCAAAGUCUUAGUGCUAGUAUUGUACGAAACAAAGUCAAUUUGUCUCAAGGAAGCUAAGAAUCUGAUCGAUUUUACACUCAAGGCAUAUCGUACUAGAAGUUUGAUCAAAACUUUGCCAAAUAUUAAGAAGUUUUCUCUGGGCAAAUUGAUAGAACAGUAUCCAUAUGCUGGUAUUCCUCUAAAUCCUGUUAUUCCUCCAUAUGCUGAUAUUCCUCCCACGCUGCUAACAAGUUCAUUCAGCUCUUUAGAGUAUUUGAAAUUGGAGGACUUCAAUUUCAAUGAUAAAGAAGACAUUUUGUAUGUUGUCAGUGUUCUCAAAAGUGCUCCUAGGUUGAUUGAACUUAUUAUUAAACAGAGAUUCAGCAAGGUUGAUACCACACAAGUGUUUGACCUUUCAAAGGAGUUAAAAAGCCUUAGUUGUUGCCUUAAACUUCAGACUGUGAAAGUCUACACUGGAGAUUGCUCUCAGUAUGCAAUGAGUUUGAUAAAGUCCAUACUUGCAAAUUCUCCUUUGUUAAAGAUUCUUACUUUUUAUUUCUGCAGUUAUGAUAGAUUAGAUUCACGUAUGUUGUUAAAAAUUUCACAAGACUUGUUAAUGAUGAAACGAGCAUCAACAGGAGCACAGGUUAAUUUCCUUCACUCUGCUUAUUGACACUAUUGAAUUCUGCCAUCCAUCAUCCCUCGAAUCCAACUGCCUUCAAAUAAAAACAAGAAAGUUGUACUGAAAAGAAACUAGUGAUGGAGAUUGCAGCUAAACAAGUUAAAAUAGGGGAAUGAGAGUAUUUGCGGGAUGUGGUCAAGUGGAUGUAUUGUUUGAUGUAAUGAACUUGUACUCAUGUAGCCAUUGUUUAUAACAGUUUGUGAGGCGAAGAGGGUGGUUGCACAAUGGACUGCUACUUCUUGGAUGAUGAAUCAAGAAUGUUUAAAUCACAGUUUUCAUGUUUUCUUGCCUUCUUGUCUUAUUUCCUUUUCUUUACUUACUAACUCCAAUAUGUUAGGAGUUAGUUAUAAUGGUUGAAAGUUAGUUACUUGAGUGCUAAGAAAAAUAUGUGUAUGAGUGGUGCAUGGAAGCUUAUCAUAGAAGUAACUCAUUUUGUAUAUAAGUGUAGCUUACAUUCAGUUCAUAUUCAAUGAAAAAGUUUCCGUUUACAUGUUUAUUUUAUAAACUUCACUAAUAGAACUUGAAUUAUGGCCUUCCAACUCUUUUUAAUCAUUAAUUAUACUAAUUUAAAUCAGUGGAGCUAUCUUUUUUGGUAUAAAACAUGUAUCUUCUACGGGCAUGAGAUCCACUUCAAGACCUCCGGUUAAAUUGGAAGAGACACUUACUAUUUCUACCA